AGGCUAGCGCGUCGGCGCGGCCCGAGUCCCGCUGUCCCCUCGGCCGGGGUCAUUGGGCUGCGAGGAGCGGCUGCGAGGGCACGGCGGGCGACCUGCUGUCCGGCUCAGCCAUGGCGGGAGCGCUGGUGCGGAAGGCGGCGGACUAUGUUCGCAGCAAGGACUUCCGGGACUACCUCAUGAGUACUCACUUCUGGGGCCCAGUAGCCAAUUGGGGUCUUCCCAUUGCUGCCAUCAAUGACAUGAAAAAGUCUCCAGAGAUCAUCAGCGGGCGGAUGACAUUCGCCCUCUGUUGUUACUCCUUGACAUUCAUGAGAUUUGCCUACAAGGUACAGCCUCGAAACUGGCUUCUCUUCGCGUGCCAUGCCACAAAUGAAGUCGCCCAGCUCAUUCAGGGAGGACGGCUUAUCAGACACGAAAUGACUAAAAAACCAUCAGCAUAACAAUGGAAAAUGGAGAACCGGCUCUAUGAAGGGACAGCUCCUCCAGCUGCUGCAGCGCCACAGAUCCGUUGGGAAUAAUCACGCUAAGGAAAAUGUGCCGAAUGCUAUUUUUACUAACCAGACUAUUUUUAUAGAAGUAGCUGAGAGUCUCUCAACCAGCUCUCUGCUGCCUUACCAGUGAAUAUUUACUUCUCUUCGUAAAGAAUAACUCAAAAUAUGCAAUCAACUUAGUAAUUCCCAGUGAUGGUUUUAUCUGCGGUGAUAUGUAUAUUAUCUAUUAAAAUGUACUUAAUGAAAAACUAAA